AUGGCUUCAUUUUCAGUAGAGGAAUUCCUAGGUAAUGGAGUUUUGAAGGAACUGCUUCCUAAUUUGUUGGAAGAAGGUUGGGAAGAUGUGCCAACCCUCAAGGUUAUGAAUUUAGAGGAUAUGGAUUCAAUGAACAUGACACAAAAACAAAAGGAGGCACUUGGAAUCAGGACAUACCUGCAUGAUCGCGGACUAAUGCAAUAUGCAGAUAAGAUAGAGGCCUGCGGGAGAAGUUUGCCGGAGCUUCUCAAUUUAAGCACUAUAGAUCUUUCUGCUCAGUUUGACAUGAAGAGGGAUCAUAUUGCCCGCUUCAUCGACAGAACCAGAUUCAGUGACCCCCACAGAUUACAAGCACUCUCUGCUAGAAGAACCAGCAUGAGCUACAAAGAAGAUAGGAUCCCAAUGCGCCUUUUAUCUAAUGGCUCCAAUAGCAUGAUGAGAUCAAAUGAAUACUCACUGGCUGAACCUAAGAUUAAAGAAGGAUAUGUCUUCAAAGGGAUUGUGGCUAGUGAGCCAGCUGAUCCUAGAGCAUGUGGCUGCGUGCAACCUCCUCCAGUCGUUGACCAAGUUGCUCCAUAUUCUGCUAUUGAAAAUAUAUCAGUUCAAAAGCUAACACCGGAGUAUAAGAUUGGCAUGGAACCAUUGGUGAAAACCAAGACUCCUCCAAUGAAGGCUUCAGAACUAUGGCGACAUAAACCGGCUGUUUUCCUGUGUUUACGACGACCAGGGUGCAUCAUGUGUAGAGCAGAAGCACACAAACUUUUCUCCCAGAAACCAAUAUUUGAUGCACUUGGGGUUCAACUAUUUGCUGUUCUUCAUGAGCACAUAGAGGCAGAGGUCAAAGAUUUCUGGCCUAGAUACUGGGGAGGUGUUGUACUUUUCGAUCGGGGAAGGGAUUUCUUCAAAGCUCUUGGAGGGGGCAAUCUGCUCAAGGAAAAGUUCCUAACAGGAUUUCUGUUGAAUCCUCGAGCAAUUUCCAAUUACAAGCGAGCCAAGAAUAUGGGAAUUCAGCAGAACUUCAAAGGCGAAGGCGAAAUAAAGGGUGGAUUAUUCAUAGUAGGGAGUGGAAAGGGUGGAAUCGCUUACCAAUUUAUCGAGAGGAACUUUGGUGAUUGGGCACCCCUGGCUGAAGUCAUUGAGAUCUGCACUCAGAUGCAGAACCAACAGCAAGGUUAGAGGGAGUAUAACCAGCCAUCAAACAAAUGCAUUCACUAUUUCACUAGAAUUCAGUUUCUUGCGAUAAUUCCAUCUCGACUACAGCCAGUAUAAUGUUCUUUGCACUCUAGAAGUCUGAAGCAGCUCAAGUAGCCUGAAUUGAGCAACUCUAUUUUGACUUCUAAUAUAAAUUAUGCAAAUCAGAUACAUUACUUUUUUACCUUUCUAUCUUCUGCCUGCUGAAAAGUAUGUACUUAUAGAAAUUGAUGUUAUAUCAUCUUAGGAACCAGGAUGAAGUUGUGAAACUUCGUAGUGUUAGAAAAGGGUUAUAAAGAGUGUUAGAGAUGUAGAAAGAGGAAGCUGAGAAAUUAGUCAAUGAAGUCUAGUAGAUCAGGAGAUCUCUCAUGUAUCACCCUUUGCAGUUUCAUAUUCAGCACUAAUACCCAUUUCUUUAGCAUUCUGAUCCCAGAUCUAACAUAUAUUUCAGACUGUUUGAACAGAGUUGCUCAAUUUAAAUGAAG